AUGCGCAAGACCUCGUACUUCCUGAAUGGACUGACUAUCUCACUACUCUUCCCUGACGGUCGUGCUCCCGCGUUUAUCUCGUCGGCCAGGGUGACCGCGCGAUACACUAUCGACCCUCUCGACACCACUUACGACGCCAAAUACGGACUGACUAAGACGUGCUCCCGCUUGCAGGUCCCAGUCGGCAAACCCGCUGAAUUCGAGUGCCGCAAGUUCCCCUUGAAACAGGAGGACAACUGCAAGGAGAAUCAGUAUUUCUGUGCGGCAUGGACAAGCGCGGGUUACGCGGUUGAACUAGCUAUUGGUUUCGGAGCGCUGGCCUUGGUGGCCAUCCUUAUCGGCGUCUCGACGCACUCUCGCAGACGCCGCAUCUGGCGCGUCGUUGCCGGAGUCUCGGCCUUUCAUGCUGCAUUCCAACUGGUGGCCUUUGGGCUUAUUAUUGAUCUGGUUCGGACCAAGGAGUACCCAACAUUUGAUCAUAGCAAAUUCGGUCCAGGCCUUGCUCUCAUCGGAGUGUCGUGGGUGUUGAGUGUCCUCGCCACCAUCUCGACCAUCACCACUGGACUUGCGGCCGACAGAGGCAAGCGAUGGGCUGCUGGCAACAGGGCCUAUCAGCCCAUUUCAGGUUGAUAACGGCGAAGCCUGUUUUCCAUACUUACCAACAUUGUAAAUUACUUGUAUACACGCUCGAUAGUCCGUCUACUGCAUCCCGUUCCUCAUAUUUUGGAAUCGGCUGCCUUCGUAUCUGAGCCAAUUGUGCCCGCGAUCGCCCGGGCCCAUGGCAUUUUGGACCACGCGGACGAGACUAGGCCCCGGCUGAGCAUCUUUGCCGGGUCCUCCUUCCAUCCCGUCUCUGGCGCUGCCUUUGUCACUGGAAAGCUCCCAGAACAUGGCUCCGCCGAGACCCUCGUGCUUGAUCCACUCGCCCUUCCAGUGGCCCACCUCGUCGCUAUCGUAGGAGAUGAGCUCCUUGGUUUGGUAGUUAUACGUCCAGCUAGCGAGGAGGUUCUGGUCCCGGAACACGUGGGUCCCGGGUAGGGGCAGUGCUCGGUAGUCGUAGACGCCUUGUUCCCAGCUUCCGGGUCCAACGCUGCAGCGAUGUCAACCAAGUCAACUGCGUUUGGACGGGUUGCCGACUGACCCCGAAUAUGGCUGGCCGGGCCCCUCAGUGUUCAUAAACGAUCGACCGUACAGCGGGAUGCCGACAAUGAUCUUCGGUCGUUGAACGCCUCGGCCCCAGUCAGUCGGAGAGUGACCGAAUCAACCCUCGCUCACCCUGGGAGAUGUACCAGUUCACCGCAGUGGACACACUUGUCUUUCCGCCAAACACGUUAGCUUGAUGGUUUGCGACGCUGUCCCACGACCCAGCUACAACACGAUUUCAGACCAGUCCAUCCACCGCAGGCAUGUUUGGGCGCUCUCACAGAAAUCCUUCUGGUACUGGUCUGGCCCGCACGGAGCGGCGAUCUACUGCCUCCCAUUCAGCGUGUAUUGUUUACCACAUGGUCAUGGUCCACGCACCGUCAAAAGGAACUUGUAGUCUGCGCCCUUGCUACGCGCAUGGUGAUCCAGCCCGUGUCUGAGCUCGCGCAGUAGUGCAGUGUAGCCCUCGGCUUGUUCGUGGUUGGAUGGAUAUUCAUAGUCUACGUCUAGCCCAUCCAGCCCGAAAUCUUCGAGCAACUUGAUCGAGGAUUGGACGAAUCGGGCUCGCAGCGCAGGCGAAACGACCACCGGAUGGAACUGCGGGCUGUAUGUCCACCCACCGAUCGAAAGCAGUAUUUUCAUGUGUCGGUGUUGUUUCUUGAGAUUGUACAGCGCUUUGAAGUUCCCUAGAGGCCGGCAGAUUCAGAAACAUUAAGCAGGGAACAAAAUUAUGAGCGCGCACCGUACAGGUUGUCACCACUGUCCUCCCAAGAAUCUCCGGGGUAGUGAAUAUCCUUGUCCGCCCAGUCGUCGGACAGGAAGACCUCGCCCGUGUCAGCUUUGAUGUUGGCAAACGCAUAUAAGACGUGGCUUUGCGGUAAUAAGCAUGCUGCAGACGUAUUGCGCAGAUAGUAUUGAGUCGUACGUGAGAUCCGUCGGGAUUAGCGAAGAGAUGGCUGGAAAGGAAGUACCAGUUCACGAAACUGAUGAAUACUACGAAUUAUGGCUUGCAAGCUGCGGAUGAAGAGCAAGACGUACUAGCCGACAGUGUGUUUUCCUUGGUGCGACAUUUCGCUGCUGUAGAGGCUCGAGUCGAGUCGGAUGAGAUCGGUGAGUGAUAUGCGCGGGAAUCGAUUGAUCCCAAGUGCGCAGAUGAGAGAAAGGAGGAGAAAAGCGGUGGUGAGCACAAUGCUUCGGCGCGUGGUUGAUGGUGGUGGGGGAUUGGAGGUAGGCAUAAAGUAGGUGACGUCAUCGUCGUCGUGCUGUCCGGACUAUGCAUUUCCAGUGUCCAUAAGAUAUACAAGUCCUAUAGUGUAUGUGACUUAUGAUCCCCUCAGCACUCUCCAAGGAAACUAGAUUUGGGGAAAGGUUGACCGUAGUCUCCUCGCCACGUGUAAGCAUGGAUGAGCCAGCGGAGGAAUAGACCGAGCCGCACGUGUUUAUGUAGUCGGACGUCGGGAAAUCUCGCUGUGGAAGGAUCAGAUGAUGCGCAGCAAGGUCGGACGACCGCAAAAG